UGCUCCAGGAGGGGAUUGUCUCCUGCUUAGUCUAAUCAACUAAGUCGCUUUGGAUGAAAGCGUCAGUCAAAUGACAUGUAAUGUAAUGUAAUGUAAAUUUUAUUGUUGGCAUAGCAAUAUUUUUGCAAUAUUAGCCUAAUAUGCAUUGUUUGGAUAAUGAGGUUGUGUAAUCGCUCAAGAGGAUAUGAUAAAUAAAUAAAAAAGGUCCUUCAGUUUGUAGUCCUAAAACAUACAACCCAACCUAUUGAUUUCCACUCCAUCAUUUUAGGUACCAAAAUAUUUUACAUAUUUCUCCUAUUUACAUAUUAUUUGCAUGUCUUGAAAAUGAAAAAUUAGAAUGUGAAUUUAGUUAAGUUUAGUUUGUUCCUCUUUAAGAUGACAGAGCCACACAGUUUUUAGACCGUCUCAGUGGAAUGUGGAUAUUGGUUUGUUUAUAUGUGGAUAAAUAAAUCCUUUUUUUUUUUUUUCUCUUACUUAAAAGAAGUCUGGAUAUUGUUUUGUUUUUUCUUGAACGAGGGAUACGCGUCAACUGAAGUUUCACCUUCUCGCAAGCAUUAAAUCUACAGCCAUUCAGUUAGCUACUAAGUAGCGGGCCAUACAGAUUAGAACAUUAGUCUGAUGUGGGGUGGGGGGUGGAGUAGGUGAAGACAAUUAAACUAAUUAUAAUUUAUUUUGGUACUGAUAAUAAAAUAUGAACAAUGCAAACUAGUUAAAAGAUAUGAUUGCCUCCCUCAAAAUCUAGCUAUAACCAUCUUGAAAUGCCAGCUCCCAGCUGUUUCAAAACCUAGCUUUUUUCAGCAGGGCUACAUUUCGUUGUAAACUCAGAUUAAAAAUAUAGGCCUUCUCUGUUGAUUUUUGUAUGUCCCUUUGUCAUUCUGUGACUGGUUCAUUAACAGCUGCUCUCCCUAUUGUUUAAUAUCAAAGAUCAACAAUCUGCUUACUAUCUCUCUACUCAGCUUUUUACUUUUUGGCUGUGAAUGAUUAAUUGAAGUGGUGUGGAGAAAGGGGGGAGUGUUUACACUGCCUGUAAAAUCCUCAUACAUUUUUUUUUACAGUAGUUUAGUAGCUAAUAUUAGCUGAUUUUAAUGUGUACCAAUUUUAUAUCAUUUGCAUUUAUGUAUGUCUGUAGAUUCCAGAAAAUAGAAGCCCAUGUUUAUUAAAACAACUUUCAUUCCAUGUGCCUGUGCUGACCUUACUGAGGUGUAAUUGUUGGUUUCAAACUGCUUUUUGGUGCAUUCCAAUAGUUGUAGCUAAACAAUAAGGCCAUUGCACACAUUGCAACCUCAACAGAACAGGACAUCACUCACCCACUCAAUCACCACCUUACCUACUGCCCUCCAGGCACAGGUACGAGGUGCAGAAGGGCUCGCUUUGGGGAAAGCCUGUUCCCUCAGCCAUAGGCCUCACUGAAUAGGCCUGAGUGUACUAGUACAAGAGUACUGUUAUUUAAGCCUGUCAUUGUAUGUUGUUAUUGUGGGCUGCUGUAUGUACUGUUAUCUUACAUAUACUGGUGUACAGUGCUGUGGAAAAGAAUUUCCCCUUGGGGACAAUAAAGUCUAAAGUCUACCUGUUUGCUUAAUUUACACAGACUAAAUGGUCUAAAGCAGUAGUUCCCAAACUCAGUCCUGGAGUACCUUUGUGUAUUCUAAAAUUGCUUGGAUUGCAACUACAAUUGCAAUCCAAUAAUUUUUUUUUUAAAGAUAUUUUUUAGGCCUUUUUCAGCUUUAUUGGACAGUAUAUAGUAUAGAGAGACCGGAAGAAUGGGAGCGAGAGAGAGGGGAAGACAUACGACAAAUGUCAGACGGUCGGAUUUGAACCGCCGACGUCGUGGCUCGCAAUGAGCAUGCGGGAGCAAUGACGCCUGGCAUCCCCAUCUUCAGCCCUAUGAUGCCAUACGGCACUGGGCUCACCCCCCAGCCUGUGCAGAACACCAACAGUCUGUCCCUCCUGGAGGAACAGCAAAGGCAGCAGCAGCAGGUUUCGACCCAGCAGGGAGGAGUGCCUGGGGCCUCUGGACAGACCCCUCAGCUCUACCAUUCCCAGGCUGUCACCACCACCACUGCGCUUCCAGGCAACACCCCCCUCUACACCACUCCGCUCACCCCCAUGACACCAAUCACCCCCGCCACGCCAGCCUCAGAAAGCUCUGGCAUCGUUCCACAGCUGCAAAAUAUUGUCUCUACUGUGAACCUGGGCUGUAAACUUGACCUGAAGACAAUAGCUUUGCGAGCCAGAAAUGCAGAGUACAACCCCAAGCGCUUUGCCGCUGUUAUUAUGAGAAUACGAGAGCCAAGGACGACUGCCCUUAUCUUCAGCUCGGGGAAAAUGGUGUGCACUGGAGCAAAGAGGACUGUUAUUAUUCCAUUUCCUUACCACAGCGAAGAACAGUCUCGGUUGGCAGCCAGGAAGUAUGCACGAGUUGUUCAAAAGUUGGGGUUCCCUGCAAAGUUCCUGGAUUUUAAGAUUCAAAACAUGGUGGGAAGUUGUGACGUGAAGUUCCCCAUUCGUUUAGAGGGCCUGGUGCUGACACAUCAACAAUUCAGCAGCUAUGAGCCUGAAUUGUUCCCUGGCUUAAUCUACAGAAUGAUUAAACCCAGGAUUGUGCUCUUGAUAUUUGUGUCUGGAAAAGUUGUACUGACAGGUGCCAAAGUACGAGCAGAAAUAUACGAAGCAUUUGAAAACAUCUAUCCCAUUUUAAAAGGAUUCAGAAAGACAACGUAAUUGGAUUAUUGGGCUUUAUUUCAUUUUAUUUAGAUUUUAUUUGUAUUUAUUUUUGUAUUUUUAUAUUCGAUUGGUGUGAACUGAAGUAUGUAUUACCCCUCGUGCAGAAGCGAAGAGGCCCCACUAUUCAUUGCUAUAGUAUUUCAUUCCCAUCCCAUUCAUUUUGUUGUUUCUGGUCCACCUGGAAAUACAGCAAGCAAUUUUUCGUUGGUUUUAAAGAAUAUAAUUUUUGUAGUAUGCUUUUUAGAGUGUUCCCUAUUUUUUGACCUAGAUUUAUAUUUCAGAAGUCCCCCCACCCCCCCACCCAAUACAUUCCUUGUUGUCUGAUUCCCCAACACCCCCUCCCCCCAACCAGAGACUGUUGGUUUCAGCACCAGAUGUUAUCAUAGUGCCAGAAUAUCCAUGAAUAUAUCUAUGAAUUAAGUAUAAUGUAAGUAUCAUGAGUACAGAACUUAAAAGCAUUCAAACUCAAGUACCUGGUCAUUUAAAAAACAAAGUCAAAACAAAGUCAUUAACUCUUUAUAUCAGAAUUACAUGUGCAUACAGUUGUAUGCAAAAAUGAGGGCAUCCCUCGUUAAAAAGCCUUUUACAAUUAAUAUCUUGGUAAUUUUGUGUUGAGAUUGUAGGAAAGGCUUCUUUCUGGCAAAUCUGCCAUGUAGGUCUUUGUUGUUUAAAGUAUAUUGUAUUGUUGUCCUGUGAACAGCUUUUCUUUUUUUGCAGAUUUCUUGCUGUGAUGUGUGGGUUGAUCUGUGCAUUUCUCAACAGGUCUCACCAGCCAUUCUAUCUAAAUGUUUUCUUUGUCUUCCAGACCUUGCCUUAAUUUCAACUGUUCCAUUUAUCUUCCAUUUUCUAAUAAUGUUUGUUUGACUGGAAAUAGGCAGUUGGAAAUGUUUAGAGAUAUUUUUGUAGCCUUCUCCUUCUUCAUUCUGACAUCUUUGGACAACUGUUUAGAAGAAUGCAUGGUUGUUAACACCAGAAAAACAACCACUACAGUUACUUCAGAAUGAAAAGUUCAGCCUUGGAAUUAAUUCAUUGAAGCCCUAAGAGUAAAUCACCUGGGUCUUGUCCUUAGUAAUCAUCUUUUUAAAAAGUAUAAAUAUAAUAAUAAUCCAAAAGGGUUCCAAAAACGUUUCUACAGGGCUCUUUUCAUUUUUUAUCAUUUAAACAUGGCAAUCUUGCAUUAAAAAUUGCAGAAAGGUCUGAUGUUUAAUUCUGUAACAUUUACAGUUCAGGUUAUUCUUCCCUCACAUACUCAAAGCAGACAUUCAAAGCAGGGGUGCCCAGAUUUGUGCAUACCACUAAUUCUGAUAAGAUGCUAGCCAGUAAGUAUAUUUGGCUUCUACAAGGAGUACCCCAAAGAGUACUUUUAUCAUUUGUAUCUGUACAGUAUUUCCUUUAUACAAGGAGCUCCCAUGUGUAUUGUUUGUCAUUCCACAUGAUUAAAAUCUUUACUACUUGA